AAAUUUAUCCCCAUUCUUGUCCCACACUUCACUACCCAAUCUAAAUCUAUACACACAUACUGUAUAUACAUAUUCUCAAUACAUCAUAUAUACAUAUUUUAUAAAAUAUAAUAUAUAUAAAUAAAUUAUUAAUCCUUCAAUAUCAUCGCCGCAAAUUCAUCUUUUCCGGCCGUCCGAUCCCACCACUUCUCCGUCGCUCUCAGUAAACCCUAAUGGUAUAAAAUUAAUACUGUAAUAAUUAUAUAGAUUCAUUUCUACUAUUUUUAUUAAUUAAUUACUUUUAUUAUAACAAUUAACUCAGGGUUUGCUUAUAGGACUUACGUAGGGUUCACAUUAGCCUAUAAUUUUAGACUAAUUUAGUAUAUCUUAUCAACUGAUCCGAUAAAUUAGGGUUUGUAAGUUAGUUAUUGAUUUCAAUUGAUUUGGUGGUGGCAUACUUUAUUAAUAAGAUGUUGAAUAAGUUAAUGAAACGUGGUCCGAAAAAGCCUUCGAAAACCGAUACAGAUGUUUACAGUGGUAAUAGUCAGAUUUCUGGUUCUGUUUCCACUUCUAAUGUUGUGGUAAACGACGGUCCUCGAGGUGCUGCGGAUGGUGGAGCCGGAGUGUCCUGUCCAGUGACAUCUGUAGAGGCGUUACCUAUGUUUCGGGAUGUUCCCGUCUCCGAAAGGCAACAGUUGUUUCUCAGAAAGUGUCAUGUUUGUUGCUUUUUGUUUGAUUUUACGGAUACGUUGAAAAAUGUUAGAGAGAAGGAGAUUAAGAGGUUGAAUCUUGUUGAGCUUGUAGAUUAUGUACAAUCAGGGUCAGGGAAGGUUAUCGAGAGUAACCAAGAGGAGAUGAUUAAAAUGAUUAAGUUAAACAUUUUUAGGUGUUUACCACCGGGUGCUCAUGAAAAUACCGGGUCUGUUGGUAUUGAGGCAGAUGAAGAUGAACCGUAUCUUGAACCCUCGUGGCCACAUUUGCAACUUGUUUAUGAGCUUUUGUUAAGGUAUGUUGUCUCGACAGAUACUGAUACUAAAGUUGCUAAGAAGUACAUUGAUAGUUCUUUCGUGUUAAAGCUACUAGAUAUGUUUGAUACAGAGGACCCACGUGAGCGAGAAUAUUUGAAAACUAUUUUACAUAGGAUUUAUGGGAAAUUUAUGGUGCAUCGUCCGUUUAUUAGGAAGGCAAUAAACAAUAUCUUUUAUCAGUUUAUCUAUGAGACCGAAAGGAAUAGUGGUAUCGCCGAGUUAUUGGAAAUUCUUGGGAGUAUAAUCAAUGGAUUUGCAUUGCCAAUGAAAGAGGAGCAUAAAUUGUUUCUUAUGCGGGCACUUAUACCACUUCACAAACCAAAGCCGAUCUCUAUGUAUCAUCAGCAGCUAGCAUAUUGUAUCAUUCAGUUUGUAGAAAAAGACAACAAGUUGGCUGAUACUGUUAUAAGGGGUUUGCUGAAAUUUUGGCCAAUCACUAAUUGCCAAAAGGAGGUACUUUUUCUCGGGGAGCUUGAAGAAGUGUUGGAGGCAACACAACCUGCGGAAUUCCAGCGCUGCAUGGUUCCUCUUUUCAGACAAAUAGCUCGGUGUCUUAACAGCCCUCAUUUUCAGGUUGCAGAACGGGCUCUUUUUAUGUGGAACAACGAGCACAUUGUUAGCUUGAUAGCUCAGAAUCGGACCGUGGUCCUACCAAUCAUCUUUGAAGCUCUAGAGAUGAACAUUCAGGCUCACUGGAACCCAGCAGUUCAUGGACUCACAAGUAAUAUUAGAAAAAUGUUCAUGGAAAUGGACAUGGUAUUAUUUGAGGAGUGUCAGAAGCAGUAUACAGAGAAACAGGCUCUUGCCAAAGUGGCUCAAGAUCAACGUGAACGGAAAUGGCAAAGAUUAGCAGAUAGUGCGGCUGUGCACCAAGUAGGGUGAGAAUUACACUCGAGCCUAUUGGGUUUUCAGUUUCCCCCUACAACCGUACUACACAUCGUGGAUUCAGGUAUAGACAUGGAAUAUUUUUAUAUAUUUUUUCCGAGUAACACGGUGUUGGGGAUUUAGGAUUGGGUUGUGGGGUUUUUUUUUGUUGUAAUCUGCUUUUGGAAAAAAUUAUGGUGAAAAUAGAAGUGUGUAAAAUUAUAUGUACUAAAACUCUCAUGUUUUGCGUUUAUAAGUAGGGUACGUCUAUGGGUACAACGGUUCUAGACGUCAUGAUGUCUGGUUUAGUUAGAUGAUCUAAUCGAAGAAGCUAGUUUGGUUUGGAUUUGA